UCCACCUGUCCAGCGCCGCUGCCGUUGACAGCCGUCUCCACUCCGGCGGCCACUUCGUCUCCCCCAAAUUUCAUUAGCCCUAAUCCCAGUCGACUGUUUCCUCUGCCAUUUUCUUCCACUGUUGCAGCAGGGUUAGGUCUUUUUGCAUCAAGCCAUGGAUCCCUCAAAGCAAGAAACAAACCAAAAAAAAGCUUCUAAAACAAUGGCUAAGAAGGAAACCCAAGAAUUCCAAUUUGUUGUUUACAAUACCAUGACUCAGCAAAAAGAGGUUUUCAAGCCCAAAACCCCUGGAAAAGUUUGCAUGUAUGUCUGCGGUGUCACUGCCUAUGAUUUCAGUCACCUUGGCCAUGCUCGUGCUGCCGUUUCCUUUGAUGUCCUUUACAGGUACCUUAAGCAUUUGGGUUAUGAGGUUACUUAUGUCAGGAAUUUUACUGAUGUUGAUGAUAAGAUAAUCCGUCGAGCCAAUGAGACUGGAGAAGAUCCAAUAAGUUUGAGUGACCGGUACUGUAAAGAAUAUAAUAUAGAUAUGAGUGAUCUACAGUGCCUUUCUCCAACACAUGAGCCACGUGUUUCUGAUCACAUGGAGCAGAUCAAAGAUAUGAUAACUCAGAUUAUAAACAAAGACUUUGGAUAUGUUGUUGACGGCGAUGUGUUUUUCGCUGUUGAUAAAUUCCCAAAUUAUGGCAAGUUAUCUGGGCAGAAGCUGGAAAACAAUAGAGCGGGUGAACGUGUUGCUGUUGACUCAAGGAAGCGUAAUCCUUCCGACUUUGCAUUAUGGAAGGCUGCAAAGCCAGGUGAGCCAUCUUGGGACAGCCCAUGGGGACCUGGACGACCUGGGUGGCACAUAGAAUGUAGUGCAAUGAGUGCACAUUAUUUAAGCUUCAAAUUUGACAUUCAUGGUGGUGGGCUUGAUUUGAUUUUUCCUCACCAUGAAAAUGAAAUUGCUCAAAGUUGUGCCGCAUGCGAAGAGAGUGAUGUAAGUUAUUGGAUGCACAAUGGGCAUGUUACUAAUAACAAUGAGAAGAUGUCAAAAUCUUUGGGUAACUUUUUCACAAUUCGCCAGAUUACUGAGAGAUAUCAUCCACUGGCUUUGCGAUACUUCUUGAUAAAUGCACACUAUCGUUCUCCUCUCAAUUACUCCAUUGUUCAGUUGGAAGGUGCAUCAGAUGCUGUUUUUUACAUAUAUCAGACUUUGAAAGAUUGUCAAGAUGCUCUAUUGCAACUACAAGAAGAAAUGCCCAAUGAUGGCAAACCAGCUCGGAUUAGUCCGGAUGCCAAGGAAUGCAUUAGCAAGCUCCGCAAUGAGUUCCAGGUGAAAAUGUCAGAUGACUUGAGCACUUCACUUAUACUGACUGGUGCCUUUCUAGAAGCGUUGAAGUUGGUAAACAAUUUGUUGACCAUGCUAAAGAAGAAGCAGCAAAAGCAACAAAGAUUAUUGGUAAUUCAAUCCCUUAAAGAGAUUGAGAAAGAAGUUACGAAAAUUUUGGAUGUUCUUGGAUUGCAGCCACCUUGCUCUUAUAAUGAGGUUUUGCUGCAAUUAAAGGAGAAAGCAUUAACGAGAGCGGGGUUGGUGGAAGAUGAUGUGAUUCGUCUAAUUAACCAACGAGCUGAAGUGAGGAGAAACAAAGACUUCUUGAAAAGUGAUCAGAUGAGAGCUCAUUUGCAAGCUAAGGGCAUUGCACUCAUGGAUGUAGGCACGGAAACAAUUUGGAGACCUUGUGUUCCUGUUCAACAAGAAUCGGGAAUAGUGCCAUCAGAGGGCCAGAAGGUCCCUCCCAAGCCUGAAACUGCAUAAGAAUGCAGAUCUUGAUUCAUGUUCACCAAAAAAAACAUAUUGAAGUUGCUUCGUAAGGUGGUUUUUGUUGUCAAAACAAGUUGGUGGGAUCAAGGCCAUUUCUAGACAGUUUUGAUUCAUAAGUUAUAAAAUGUCUUUCCGUUUCUGACCUAAUUGUUACGGGAGAAAUUUUUUGCUACUGAAGGUGGUUAACAGCGAAGUAGGUUAGCAAAGAGAGUUAGCAGCAAGGUGAAACGGUGCUCUAGGAUCAGUUUCGUCUCUUUUCUCCCUUCUCUCUUCUGUUUCUCUGCUUCUUUAUUUUCUUCUCAAUUAUCUUCUUCUGUUUCUUCCCUCACGAUUGGAUUGGUUGCCUUGUUUCUAGUUGGACUUUAGCUGCACAGACAGUGAGCCAGAAUUUUUUUUCUUUUCUGAAAACAGUACAUUUAAUAGUGUUGUAUAUUGGUGCAUAACAGGCGCGAAUAUGGUGGGCUAUGUUGUCGUUUUAAAAGUUUGGUACAGAUGGAAUUACCCCAGGAUGUGGAGACCCUCAUCUCAGACAAAUUCUUGCAGAAAUGUAGUGGUUAUAUUACUACGCUUAAGCAAUUUAUCUUUCAGAAUUCUUCUCGCUUCUCUUGCCCAAACUGUUCGUAUUAUUAUUAAAUGAAAUGUUAAAAUUUGUCUUUUUUUUAGAUCGAAUACAAAAUAGUCAUUAAAUUAUUUAAAAAUUUUUAUUUAAGUCAAUGAAUUGUCGAUAGUUUUUAUUUAA